AUGAUGUCCAGAGGAGAGCGGGACAAUGGGAAAAAUGGCACUGGCUACAAGGAGGACAAUAUUAGAAACAACCGGGACCAGGAUUCAGAGGGAAAAGCACAUAAGAGAUCGGAGACCAUUAACUGUGGUGUGAGCCUAAGGAAGAAGGUGAGCAAAAAUGACGAGAGCGCGGUGCCGUCCGCACGGGCGGAGAAGCCUCCCCUGGAGCAGCUGUACCGGGAGGGCCCGCUGCUGGGGAGCGGCGGCUUCGGCAGCGUUUACGCCGGGACCCGGCUCGCCGACGGCGUCCCGGUGGCCAUCAAGCGAGUGUCCCGGGACCGCGUCUUGGAGUGGGCGCGGCUGCACGACGGCGCCCUUGUGCCCCUGGAGCUGGUGCUGCUCUGGAUGGCGUCGUGGCCCGGCUUCCGCGGCAUCGUGCGGCUCCUGGACUGGUUCGAGCUGCCCGACGGCUUCGCGCUGGUCAUGGAGCGUCCGGAGCGCUGUCAGGACCUCUGGCACCUGCUGCACGCGGGGGGGUUCCUGCCAGAGCCCGUGGCGCGGGCGCUGUUCCGGCAGGUGCUGGGGGCCGUGCGGCACUGCACCAGCCGCGGCGUCCUGCACCGCGACAUCAAGGCCGAGAACGUGCUCGUUGACCUGGCCACCGGCGAGGCGAAGCUCAUCGACUUCGGCUGCGGCACCAUCCUGCAGGACACGUUCUACACCCAGAUGGCCGGAACGCGGGAGUACUACCCACCGGAGUGGAUCCUCUUUGGCCGCUACCAUGGCCAGCCAGCCACCAUCUGGUCCCUGGGCAUCCUGCUCUAUCAGCUGGUGUGCAGGCACCUUCCUUUCAAAAGCAGAGAGGACAUCGUCCGGGGACAGCUCUUCUUCCCGCCCCGGGUGUCUCAAGAGUGCCAGCACCUGAUCAGGUGGUGCUUAUCCAUGGACCCUGCAGACAGGCCAUCCUUGGAUGACCUUUUAGAACAUUCUUGGGUGCAGAAGCCCCACCUGGCCCAGGAGACAGCAGAGCGUCCUCUUCUUUUCACAGUAGCCAAAUCACUCAAACUUUCAGUCAGGACAGGGACUGUGGCCACAGCUGACCACAAACUGGACACGGUCAUGAGACGCCUGAGUGGUGACUUUAUUGCCGAGAGUCUUUCUGGGUCACCUCCCUCUAUGCUCCUUCCCUCCAAGCCGUUGCCUCCCAUCCGGAAGGGCUCUCCUUCCUGCAAGCCAAUCACAAUGUGCAAUGGAGAGGAAGAGAAAGGGAAAGAUGGCACUGGCUACAAAGAUAUCAGUAGAAACAUGAUUCCUAGAGAGGCUGAUCUGGAAGAGAGACCGCGCAUAGUUAAAGGAAUACAGCCACGAUCAAUCAGCAGCAUCAGAGAGAAGAAGUCUGAACAUGCAGGCCUGAGUGGUGACUUUAUUGCCGAGAGUCUUUCUGGGUCACCUCCCUCUAUGCUCCUUCCCUCCAAGCCGUUGCCUCCCAUCCGGAAGGGCUCUCCUUCCUGCAAGCCAAUCACAAUGUGCAAUGGAGAGGAAGAGAAAGGGAAAGAUGGCACUGGCUACAAAGAUAUCAGUAGAAACAGUGCGGAGCUGAGUUCAGAGGGAAAAGGGAGUGAGAGAACCUACCAACACUUAAUACGAAGUUCAGAGUCCCACACCAAGUCAGCACAGAAUCUGAGGAAAGUGAAAGCUAAAACUUAA